AGUCAACUGGCUUGUACUUGUGCGUUCAAGUCUUUCCAUCUAAUCAAUCACAACUGCACUGAGUAUCUUCAGACAUUCUAGGGAGACGGCCACACAGAAAUAGGUAUGUGCAUAUCCCGUUCAGUCCAGUUUGGCGCGUUGUAUUUCACCGGGUUGCGGCUCUCGCCGAUAAGGACCUUGAGCUUCUACAGGGCCCGAGGCCCGUACCCUUGACGCCAGCUCCGAUUGCGAGCUUGCGUGCAUAUGUUGGUAGUCCACCAACCACCUAUUGCAACCGCCACCUUUCGACAUAUUACCCGUGCAGCAUUUAUAUUGUUCGGAAAAGACAACCACUGUGGUAUCCUAAUUGAACUGUAGACAACCCCUCGGCAAGCCACACGAAACCAUGCGAUUCAACGUUGCCUGCGUCGCCGCUCUGGCUGGCGUUGCCUCUGCCCGGCCUGGCUGGUUUGACGAGAGCCAGGAGGUCGUCGCUCUCGAUGAUGCUAAGAAGGUCCCCGGCGAGAACCCGCUCACUUACUGCGAUGCGAACCACCCCAACGAUAUUGUCACCAUUACCAACGUCGACCUGUCACCCAACCCACCUGAGCCUGGCUCCGAGCUCGUGAUCCGUGCAACUGGUACCGUCUUCGAGCCCAUCAAGGACGGCGCCUACAUCAACCUGGUAGUCAAGUAUGGUCUGAUCAGAUUGGUAAACACCAAGGCCGAUCUCUGCGAGCAGACGGAAAAGGCAGACCUGAAGUGCCCGAUUGAGAAGGGCAUCUUGAGUGUUGAGAAGAAGGUUGAAAUUCCCAAGGAGGUUCCCCCGGGAAAGUACACGGUUCAUGCCGAGGUUAUCAACUACGACGAGAAGCCCAUUGCUUGCCUGGAGGCUCAGGUUGCCUUUGGUGGCAAGAAGAGCGUCGAACUAUGAGGUUGUAAUGUGCUGCGUGUCGAUCAGGCCUUGAGAACUGUUUUUUUAGUUGGCGGGAAGAAUAGUGAAGUGCGGCUUGGAUUCAUCUUACUUUUCUUGCCUUGAUUUCUCAUUCGGGGUUGUUGUUCAUGGCAUUUACACAGAGAGACAUAAUGAGAUGAUGGUACACGCAAACAACGCUUACGAUUGGGGAACUAACACGUACCUAUACAAGAUUCAUGGCAUCGUAUCUAAGCAUCAGUUGAUCAAAUAAACAAACAAACAUGAACU